AUGAAUGAAGGGAGGGAGGGAAGGAAACAAGCCGACCAGGAUAUACACCACACCCAGAUACUAAUUAAGUAGGAGCAGGUGAUUGAGAUCUCAAGGGCAGUGGCACAGACCAAGCUGCUUGAGGGGAGACACAGGUAGGCACUUCCUGCUGCUCAGCUUUUCCUGUGCUCUACCAUAGGCCUCCACGGUCACCGUGCUGUACUUCUGGUCCUCGCAUACCUGCUGCUGGCUGAGGCCAACAUUGGAAUGGGUACUCUAGGCCCUGCACAAGAGUAUUUGUCUCAUGCAGAGUGGACAGUGAUGAAGAACCCAUACUGUGGCAAGGAUGUCUGCCAGCAGUUACAUUGGACCCUGGGGCGCCUCUAUACCGCCAAGGGCAACCUGGAGGAAGCCUUGUUUUGCUUGGCCAAUGAUGUGUACUACGCCAGUGAGGAGUAUGGGCUGGACAGCACAAUCACCUUUGGUGGCUACUUCCUCAUGGCCAAUGUGUUCGUGAAACAAGGAAAGAUGCUUAUUGCCCAUUCCUUGUACUCUGAGGUGGCAAGAACUUGGCAUCAUCUGACAAACCUCCUUGAGACCCACAUCCAAAGUUUCCAAAAUUCCACCAUCUCACCAGAAACCUCUUUUGAUUCUUCAAUACAAGAACACUAUACCUGCAGGCAUCACAGUUGUGGGAAAGUCAUGCAUCAGCAAUCAGAUCUUAGAUGACUGACUAUAUGAAGUACCUAGGAGGGCGUGCCAUUUGAGAGAAUUAGGCAGCAA